GCUUUGCCUCUGUUCAUUUCGCCAUCCAACAACAGCCAUGGCCAGUGCAGACGGUGGUGCAUACAGUUACUCACUUACAGUCUUCUCACCGAGCGGUAAACUCGUUCAGAUCGAACACGCCUUAGCCGCUGUUGCUCAGGGUACAACGAGUCUUGGAAUUAAAGCAUCAAAUGGGAUCGUUAUCGCGACUGAGAAGAAGACAUCAUCCAUCCUCAUUGACGACUCGGUAAUCGACAAAGUGGCCGUGAUAUGCCCUAACAUAGGCAUCGUGUACUCAGGCAUGGGCCCCGACUUUAGAGUGCUGAUAACGAAAGCCCGUAAAAGUGCACAAGCAUACUGGAAGAUAUACGGUGAAUAUCCUCCGACUCGGGUCUUGACCCAGGAAAUUGCUACAGUGAUGCAGAAAGCAACGCAAUCCGGAGGAGUAAGGCCAUAUGGUGUUUCAUUACUAGUCGCAGGCUGGGACAGUCAUCGUGGCCCGACGCUAUAUCAGGUGGACCCCUCAGGAUCUUAUUGGGCAUGGAAGGCAAGCGCUAUAGGGAAAAACAUGUUGAACGCAAAGACAUUUUUGGAAAAACGCUAUAAUGAUGACAUCAGUCUGGAAGACGCUAUUCAUACUGCCCUUCUGACGCUCAAGGAAGGCUUUGAAGGUCAAAUGACAGAGAAAACGAUCGAAAUCGGCGUGGUUACUGUGCCUACUGAAGCCGAACUCGAGGAGGGCAAGAUCGGAGGCGAGACCGGGCGUGUCAGGCCCACGUUCCGGAAGUUAUCAGAAGAAGAAGUGCGCGAUUACCUUGCACUCUAGAUUGCUUUUUAUGCAACGCAUUUUGUACGUGAUAUUGGCGGAUUUGUGCAUUGAACUACCGGUUUUCUUUUUGCUUC